GCACAAAGAAACGAAAAAAAAACAUAUCAGCGUUUGACGUUUCUUGUGACAUUUGUCAAAUCAGGUGAACAAAUGCAGUGAUUCAAGUUGCCGGGAAAGUGCAAAAUAUUACCAUAUUUCGCUUUCUCUUGUUUUUCGCUAGUAAAUGUUGGUGUUUUUGUUCAAAAUAAAAUCGGUUUAGCUGGAGUUCCAAGUAGCUCGAAAGCCAGAUACUCAAUUACGGGCAGCAAAAUAGUACGAUCAACAGUCCUGCACACGGGGCGCCCAAAACAAUGGAAGCUGGUACAUCAAACGAUUGCUUUAAAGAAAAUUAUGUUCGAGGAGCGAGUACGGGCGAGAACCGUGGCUGUCCGUUGGAAGCAAUUUACCACCAUCGGAAUGAUCCGUACGAGCUGACCCAUUUUGCUGCAAUCGACCGUAACGAGCAUCACACGGUACUGUACGAGCUACCGUUCCAGGCACAUUCGGACAAACCGCCCGCCCCGUACUGUAGCCCAAGGGCCACGUCAAGCACUGGCGGCAUUCUGCGACUCCCGACCAUGUCCCGUUGCAUGAUGCGGAACGCGGACGGGUCACACGCAGUCGAAAAUCGAUGGACGUUGGUGUGCCGGGCGCUAUCGAAACCGAUUGCAAACUCGCGGCAACUAGAGGACACAAUCGUGCAGUACAAUCCGGACUACAGGACGCAUUUUCAGUUCGUUGCGCUGCACAAACUGUUUGAGGAGCAGUGCGAUGAUGACGAGCGGGCUGCCUUCUUCGGUGAAACGUUACCACGGCUGGUAACGCUCGCCCUACGGCUAACCGAGCUGAUACGGACGCCGGUACCGUUGCUGGUGCAGUGGCAAAAUCAUGCCGUUUCGAUGACGCAGGAACAGGCCGCCUGUCUGCUGGCGAACGCAUUUCUCUGCACCUUUCCCCAGCCGAAGGCGGCCCACGCGAAAAGCUUUCCGGGGUCGAACUUUGCACCACUGUUUGCCGGCACCAGCCAGUCGGUGGUGGAGAAGAUUAAGUGUCUUUGUCACUACUUUCGGCGCGUUUGUGUCCGCAUGCCAACCGGUGUGCUAACGUACGAGCGGCGUUACAUAGCGAAAAACCACGUCCCAGACUGGGGCACCGUGUCGGCGUGCUUUGCCCGCAAUCGGCCCUCGCUUCACGUAUCACCGGACGGUACCAUCGAGGACCAGGGUACGGGCCUGUUGCAGAUGGUGUUUGCGAACCGCUUUCUUGGCGGUGGUGUUAUCGGGCACGGUUGCGUGCAAGAGGAGAUCCGGUGCGUCAUCAAUCCGGAGUUGCUGGUCGGUCGGUUGCUGUUCGAAUCGUUGCGCGAAACGGAAGCAUACUUUGUGCUCGGCUCGGAACAGUACUGCCGGUACGCGAACUAUGCGUCCAGCUUCACCUUCGAUGCGGACCAUCGGGACGAAACGCCACGGGAUGCGAGCGGACGGCGACGGUGCUACAUUGUCGGGCUGGAUGCGCUCCGGAUGCAGCCGGGCAUGGACCAGUACGAGGAGCGAGCGGUGCGCCGGGAGCUCGGUAAAGCGUACGCCGGGUUUGUGGAUGGGUUCGAGGGCCGGUCGCCAGCACCGGGGAUCGCCACCGGCAACUGGGGUUGCGGUGCGUUCGGUGGCCAUGCACCGCUCAAAGCGCUGCUACAGCUGAUGGUGGCCUGCGUCGUCAAUCGACCAUUGCUAUACUUCACCUGCAACGAGGCCGGUCUGCAGGAGCGAUUACUCACCAUGUACAGCUUCCUGACGGAGCGUCGUGUUGCCGUUGCGACGCUGUUCCGGCUGCUGGUGCGUUACGGUGCCAAGGGAUCCGGUACGGUUCGAUCCAACGAGCAGGACGUGUACGACUAUCUGUACCAACAUCUAAAGCCGGGUGGGGGCGGUUCCACCGCGACGCUACCCAAUCAAUUGUAAGAUUAUUUUAUAUUUUAUUAUGAGCUAAUAACAAAAUGCAAAUGAAAAACAAAACAAAAACCCAUCGUCAUUUCAUUUCGAACAGUUUGUUA